AUAAUAACAUGAUGUACCCAAAAAAAAAAUGUACCAAAAAAAAACAACAUAAUAACAUGAUUAUCAAAAAAAAAAACAACAUAAUAACAUAAUAAUGCAUGCACACAAAAUCGUGGCGUUGUAAUAUUCAAAUAUUUUUCAAUGCAAACCCCGUAAUAAAAACGUUACCUUGCAAAAUUCAUCAAUUCUCAUAUUUCUGAAUUGUUAAAUUAACCAAUUUUUGUUUGCUUUGUUGAUCACAAAGUUAUCAACUUUGCAAGAAGAAUAGUUGAUUUUACAAUUUGGGUAUCCAUGAAAAUAAUCUAAAUCUCAAGAUUCUUAUAUUUUACCAUUUUACAACAUUAAUUCAGAUUUUAUAAAGAAGAAAAAAAAAUAUGGGUGUGGAUUAUUAUAAUAUAUUGAAGGUAGAUAAAAAUGCUACAGAAGAUGAUUUGAAGAAAGCAUAUAGAAAAUUGGCUAUGAAAUGGCACCCUGACAAGAACCCUACCAACAAAAAAGAAGCUGAAGCCAAUUUCAAACAAAUCUCUGAGGCUUAUAUGGUAUUGAGUGAUCCUCAGAGAAGAAUUGUUUAUGAUCAACAUGGAGAACAAGGGUUAAAUGAUAAUAGGCCACCACAAGAAAAUGAGUCAUCUAGUGGAAAUAAUCCAAGAAGUGCAGAGGAUAUCUUUGCAGAAUUCUUUGGAAGUAGUCCUUUGAAUUUUGGAUCAUCUGGGCCAGGGAGGUCUCAGAGAUUUCCAUCUGAUGGUGGUGGAGGAGGUGGAUUCAAUGGAGAUUUUAAUUUCAGAAAACAUAGUGAAAGACCAAAUACGCCGAAGAAACCACCACCUGUGGAGACCAAAUUGCCUUGUAGUUUGGAAGAGUUGUAUUCUGGUUCUACAAGGAAAAUGAAGAUCUCAAGGACUGCAUUCGAUGCUUGCGGAAGGGAAGUUAAAGAAACUGAGAUAUUAAGCAUUGGAGUAAAGCCAGGAUGGAAAAAAGGAACAAAGAUUACAUUCCCAGAUAAAGGGAAUCAGCAACUAAAUCAACUUCCAGCUGAUCUUGUAUUUGUGAUUGAUGAGAAACCUCAUGAAUUAUUCAAGAGAGAUGGGAAUGACUUAAUUGUGAACCAAAAGAUAACACUAGCAGAAGCUAUUGGAGGAACUUCAUUAAAUAUUAGAACACUUGACAAACGUAGUUUAUGUGUUCCAGUUAAAAACAUUGUGAGUCCUGGUUAUGAGCAUGUUGUUUCUAAUGAAGGAAUGCCAAUAACAAAGGAACCUGGUCAUAGGGGUAAUUUAAGGAUCAUAUUUGAGAUUAAGUUCCCUACAAAAUUGACACCAGAACAACGUGCUGGACUAAAGAGAGCAUUGAGAGGUUGAUCAAUGAUUCUUCUACUUUUUUCAAUUCUUUCUUUGGCUUUUUUUUCUUCUAUUUCAUUUAUCAGUUUCUCAAUGUAUACUUUUUGGUGUAACACUAACAUGGCUCUUCUUAUUGUUGUAUUCUAUUCUUUGAUAAAACAGUAGUAGUAUGUAAACAGUAAAUAUACUACUAAUAUACAAUAGGUUAUAAAUUGCACAUAUCAGAACGUUUUCACACAUUAUAUUCUUAUGGUAAAGUUUUUUGGGUUAUAAUCUAAUAGGAUGGAUAACUCAAAUGAUUUAUAUAUCA